AAUGCAACAAAUAAGAUAGACUCUGCAUCUACCAAAAAAUGUAUUUUAUAAAAUACUGAUCAAAAGAAUACUUGUAAUGGUGGUAAAGGGUUUGAUGGUAUCAAGAUACUUGUAAUUUGUACAAGAUAAGAUAUAAUUAAAAAAAGAAAAAAAAAACCUUUUGUUAAACACAGUUAUAACGAAUAAUCGUAAUCUCGUCGCAUUAAAAUUGUAAUCUUAAAUUCUCAUCAUUGGUGAUUACUUACUAGUCGUCGAGUGAAACAUGGAACGCCCAUGGAAAAAUUAUGAAAAUAAUAAUUUUCAUUUAUCAAUGUGUAUCAUAUAUAUAUACAUAUACAUAUAUGAACGUAUAUGUUGGAACCUUUUCUAGUCAACAAGGAGGGUAAAAUCGAGCCAAGGGUAAGUACGUAAGCAUCUUUCUAUGAAACCUGAUAAGGUGUCCUCGUCAUUGUCAUACCUUUAGUCAGUCGGCAACCUUCAUCGGGGGUGGUUUUUCUAGGACACUUCUAUACAUAAUUAUUGUAUCUUUUUUGAAAGACCCUCUUCUUUUUUUUUUUUUUUGGUUCAUAGAAUCGUCAAGUUUACACACUUUAUCGCGUGAUCAUCCUACAUAUAAUUGAAUGUCAUCAUUACGUGUAGAAGGAAAGAAAAAGAUAGGAAGAAUUUUUCUAUAAAAACUAAUCGUUCUUAUACGAGAAAUACUUCAAUACUGAUAUUCGAAUCUGGAAGGAUACAUAACAAGAUACAAGAUAGAAUAAUGCCUAUCAAAUGGAAAAAGUAACAUCUUCGGGGAAAAAAAAGAUUCAAGAUUCACGUUGUAAACAAAAACGGGAUCAUAUGUCAACGCGGAGGGUAGAAAAAUCGAGGUAUCUUGAUAAUCUUAAGAUCCUCGAUAAAUCAUCGAUGACAAAGAAAUAUGAGGACACUGUGGAAUCGUUAAAAAUUGUUAAACAAUUGAGGGAACGUGAUAAUAAUUCGCGUACAUUACCAAUUGGAAAUUAUAAUCAUAACGAUAAGAACAAUUAUCUAAGAGAUCAUAGUCCAUGUCUUCCGUACACUAUUAACACGGUUCAUCUACAAAAUCCUUACAAAUCACCUCAACGUCUCGAAGGAUACGCUUUACGUGACACCCAUUUAAAGGGUAUGUAUCGAUCGAGGGAAUCGACAUUAAGAUCAAGAUAUAAUCGGAAUAAUUUAGCUACGAGAGAAACGAUAAGUUCGAAAAAUUACGACCAAAAUGAAGAAAAACGUGAAAGUGUGAACAAUGUAAAAACGUGUUUAAAGAGUACAGAGAUCAAUACCAUUGUAAAACAGUAUUGCUUAAACAGUACUCUUCAUGGCUUACGUUAUGUUGGUGAUUCCAAAUUAUCAAUUGUAGAAAGAAUAUUUUGGAUUAUUUCUUUCACUGCUGCUGUAUUAACAGCAACAUAUUAUAUCUGGUCUUUGUAUGCAAAGUGGGUCACAUCACCCAUAAUAAUUUCAAUAAGUCCUGAGACUGUUUCCCUCGACGAUUUUCCAUUUCCUGCGGUUACUAUUUGCAAUAUGAAUAAUGUAAAAAAGAGUGAAGCAAUUCGUAUAGAAAAUGGGGAAAAUAUACAAGAGAAAUUAUUGCUAGAGGAUUUGUGUAAUUCAGAUAAUUCCUCUGUCACUUCUAAUUUAGGAAACAAAGGAUUAGAAUGGAAUGUCAUGCGACAUUUUAUGAUCAAUGUAUCUCAAUCAUGUAGCGACAUGUUAUAUUAUUGUCAAUGGCGUGGCAAUGCAACAGAAUGCGACAAGAUUUUUAAUCCUACUAUGACCGAUGAGGGUAUUUGUUGUAACUUUAAUUCUGUAAACCGUAAUCAUUUAUUUCAUGAUCCACGUGAUUGGCCCGAUUUAAAUAUUACUUUUUCCUUCGCUGGUAUCGAUUGGAAUCCUGAAAUUGGAUAUAAUGAAGAAGUUCCAUCGGAUACUAUACCAUUGAGAUCUUCCGGUGCUGGUCUUUAUUAUGGUUUAACUUUAGUUCUCGAUGCUAACAUUAAAGAAUAUUAUUGCUCUUCUACAGCUAGUGCAGGCUUUAAAAUGUUACUACACAGUCCUGUAGAAACACCAAAAAUUGCUGAUUUUGGGUUUGCCGUAGCUCCUGGCAAAGAAGUCAGAGUUAUAGUAUCUCCUAGAAUAUCAACAGCGAGUAAAAAUAUAUUAACUAUACCUAGGAAAAAACGAAAAUGUUUUUUCACAUCUGAGAGAAAUCUACGUUAUUACAGAACUUAUACGCAAAGAAAUUGUAUCUUAGAAUGUGAAGCUAACUUUACACAAGAGAUGUGUAACUGCGUCCAAUAUUACAUGCCAAAAUCGUCAAAUACUACAAUUUGUGGAAAGAAAGAUGAUGUGUGCGCUACUAAUGCACGAAGAGCAAUGGAAUCUAAACUCUACGAUGAUAAUCAGUUUAAUGUGACCGAAGUACCGAGCUGUAAUUGUUGGCCAGGAUGUUUUGAAUUGAGUUAUAACUUUGAGAUAUCCGAUAGCAAAUUGAUGUCCAAUUUUAAUGUUCAAGAAAAAUAUACUAAGAAGAGUAAAAAAUAUUUUACUGAAAAUAUGGCAGUGGUUCAUAUCUUUUUUGUGGAAUCUCAAUUUACCAAAUCUAUGAAAAAUGAACUUUUUGGAUUUACAGAAUUCCUUUCAAGUACAGGUGGUCUACUUGGUUUAUUUAUGGGAUUUAGUUUUCUUUCCUUUAUGGAAAUAUUAUAUUUCCUAACUUUACGAUUGUGGUGUCGUUUAAAAGAAAAUAAAAGUACUCCAUCACAUACGGUAGUUAAAGUACACCCUAUGGAUCAUGACCAAGAUUGUCCCAUUUAUUAUGCGUACCUUCAAUUUUAUUUGAAUUUCGCUUUAAUAUGUUCACUACCACAGUAAGAAGAAAAUUCCAAUCAUAAUACAGAAUUUAUUUUUCAUCUUGAUUACUUUCGUUAAUAUGCGACACUGAAUUCUUAAUGGAAAUUGAUGUGUGAAUAUGUUAAAAUACUGAUUUACAAUUAUAAUU